CAUACAGUUGUCAAUCAAAAUUCAUAAAACUUAAUUGUUUUGCCUAUUAAAGUUGUUAAUAGAAUUGUCUUUUGUGAAAUUAAUGUGAUAAAUAAAAAUGUCCGUUAAACUAUGCAGGUGUUGUUUGAGUGUGGGUCUUCAUAAAGAUCUAAAUAUACCCUAUUUUAAUUUAGAAAACAAGGAAGUUUACUCAGAUAUGUUAUUGGAAUGUUUCAAUAUAGUAUUGUCCACAGAUGAAACAAACAAUAUGAUCUGUGAAUCUUGCAUCACCAGUCUUCGGAGUUCACUUACCUUCAAGCGGCAGGUGAUAAAAGCCGAAGAAGAUUUUAUAGAGUGGAUAGAGAAACAAGACAAAGUUACAGCAGAAGUUAAAGAAGAAUUAAAAGAGGACAGUGGAACAGAAUCUGAUGAUUACUUCUUGGCUGAUGCAGAAAAACCAAAAAUGAUAAAAGAAAGUAAAGAGCUGUCUAAGAGAGGAAAACCAAAUAAGAUAGAUGAAAAAAAUAUUGACAAUAAACAAGAAAUCAAAACGGAGCAGCCACAAAGUGACGAAUCUGAUAACUUAAGUGACACAUUAAAUGAAGAACAGGACACAGAAGUAUAUAAAGAACGUUUAAAGCGUAAAACAAAGAAGACAGAAGAUGGCAAUUGGCAAUCAAAGAAGAUAAAAACAUUAGUCAAUAGAUUGACUAAUUCUUUAAAUACCCGUGACGUUACCGAUUUAAAACUAAAAGAAAAAAAGUCUAAAAAAAGCAGCAAUCAGAAUGAUAGAAACGUCAUAGUAUGGUCAACCAGAAAAAAUACUAACAAUUUUAAAAACAAAGAAAACCUAAAAACUCUACUGCAAUUUAGUAACGUCAUUCCAUUCAAGAAUAGAACACUUUUAGGAUAUAUUUGUGGUUACUGCGAAGAAAUAUAUCAAGAUCCCCAAGAACUCCGCAACCAUACUAAAGAAAACCACCAAAAGGAACGUUUAGAUUUCGCAAUAAACUGUGAUAUGUCAGAAAACAACGUCAAAUUGGACGUAACAGAUUUAAAAUGUACCAACUGCGAGUUGGAAUUAAAAAAUCUGACAGAUUUUAAAACACAUUUAGUUAAAUUGCAUAAUAAAUUCCUACACAACGAUAUUAAAAACCACAUACAAGAGUAUAAACUAAAAAACGGUGAUAUCUACGACUGUGCGUUAUGUUCAGCGACGUAUGAGACAUUUAAAAUGCUAAAACAACAUAUGAACAAUCAUUACGACAAUUAUACUUGCAAUAAAUGUCAUUCAACAUUCGCUACAAAACGUUCAUUAAGAUCACAUAAAACUACCCACAUUGAGGGUAGUUACAAAUGUGAUGAUUGUGAUAAAAUCUUCUCCAGUAAAGCUAAGAAAGUGUAUCACGAGAAAUGUAAACAUUUAGGUGAAAGAAAAAUCAGUAAUUGUCAAUACUGUAAUGAAUCAUUCCGCAGUUACUAUCAAAGGAAUAAACAUUUAGUUAAAGUACAUAAUACUGAAGCUAAAUACAAAUGCAAUAUUUGUUCAAAAUCUUACGUUAUUAAAUCAUUAUUAAUGAGUCAUAUAAAAAAAAAUCAUUUAAUGGAGAGGAAUUGUCAAUGUACGGAAUGUGGGUUCAAAUUUUUCAGUAAAAAAGGUCUGAAAGCACAUAUGGUGAAACAUUCGGGUGUUAAGAAAUUUUCAUGUGAAUUCUGUCACAAAUCAUAUGCAAGAAAAAACACAUUAAGAGAACAUUUAAGAAUACAUAAUAACGAUAGAAGAUUUAAAUGUGAUAUUUGUGCGGUUGCAUUUGUACAGAAAUGUAGUUUAAAAAGUCAUCUUUUGUCAAAUCAUGGAAUAAGUAUGGCGGCUAGUGAUAUUCUGUCAUCAUAACCUGUCUUAGCUUUUAAGUAUAUGUUUUUGUAACUUUUAUGUAGAUAACUAGCUGUUCCCGUGCGGCUUCAUCCGAAUGAAAUCAUGAAA